AAUUGACUCUAGCUUCACUCAACCAAAACCCUACCAAAACCCCUUAAAAGUCUCUUCUUGUUUGUGUUGUAUGCAGAAGAAGAUCAAUAAACCCGAAAGGCUACUUUCUUAGUCUUCGUUUUCUCUUCUAGCAAAACAAUGCCGUUGGGUGAGAGAGGGGGAUGGGACAAGAGUGAAUCCAGAUACUGUGGAGUGGAGACUGAUUUCAACGAUGACAUGCCACAUCUUUUGUCCUACAAUCUCUCCACUGGUGGCUUCGAUUUCGUCGUUGCUACUCUGAUGGACCCCUCGUAUAGACCAAGCUUGGUAGAAAGAGACGCUAAUGGUGGAUCAAAUGUUCUGCCAUUUGCUGCUUCUGACUUGGUUUUGAGCCCCUCCCAAUGGAGUAGUCAUGUUGUCGGAAAAAUCAGUACUUGGAUAGACUUAGAUUCAGAAGAUGAGACCCUUCGGAUGGAUUCUGAAACUACAUUGAAGCAAGAAAUAGCAUGGGCUACACAUCUGUCCUUACAGGCAUGCCUUCUUCCAUCACCUAAAGGAGCAUCGUGUGCUAAUUAUGCUAGGUGUGUGAAUCAGAUCUUACAAGGCUUAAACAAUAUGCAGUUGUGGCUUAGGAUUCCACUGGUGAAGACUGAUGAUGAUUCUAUGGGCCCUUUGAUUGACUCCUGGGAACUCUGGAAUUCAUUUCGUCUUCUUUGUGAACAUCAUAGUCAGCUUUCAGUUGCCCUUAAUGUUCUGAGCUCACUACCUUCAGCAAACUCACUUGGACGAUGGUUUGGAGAGCCUGUCAGAGCAGCCAUCAUAAAUACUGAUUCUUUUCUAACAAAUGCACGAGGUUAUCCAUGCCUUUCAAGGCGUCACCAAAAGCUCAUUACUGGAUUUUUUAACCAUUCUAUACAGAUAGUUAUUUCAGGACAAUCCGUACAUAGUCUUCCUGGGAGUAGUUCAGAUUCAGCGGUAAACCAUGUUGUUGAGAGCAUCGACAAUGCUCCGAGACAUCCCCUAAGGCCAUAUUUGGACUAUGUUGCUUAUCUUUACCAGAGGAUGGAUCCCCUUCCAGAGCAAGAACGUUUUGAGCUUGGUUACAGGGAUUUUUUACAGUCUCCACUGCAACCUCUUAUGGAUAAUCUAGAGGCUCAAACAUAUGAGACUUUUGAGAAAGAUGCUGUGAAAUACAUUCAGUACCAAAUGGCAAUUAGUAAAGCCUUACAGGACAGGGUUCCUGACGAAGAAGUGUCUUCAAUAACCACUGUACUGAUGGUUGUAGGAGCUGGACGUGGACCUCUUGUUAGGGCAGCAUUGCAGGCAGCCGAAGAAACGGGAAGGAAACUGAAGGUUUAUGCAGUGGAGAAAAAUCCAAAUGCAGUUGUUACCCUUCAUAGUUUGAUUAGACUGGAGGGCUGGGAGAAUUUGGUGACAAUUGUUUCCUGUGACAUGCGUUUUUGGGAUGCGCCUGAGAAAGCUGAUAUCUUGGUUAGUGAGUUGCUUGGUUCUUUUGGUGACAAUGAGCUAUCUCCUGAGUGCCUAGAUGGAGCGCAGAGGUUUUUAAAGCAAGAUGGAAUAUCAAUACCAUCAUCGUACACAAGUUUCAUCCAACCAGUGACAGCUUCAAAGUUACACAAUGAUGUUAAGUCCCAUAGAGAUCUUGUGCAUUUUGAGACUGCUUAUGUUGUCAAAGUGCAUAGUGUAGCAAGGCUUGCUCCUUCUCAGCCGGUCUUUACAUUUAUUCACCCAAAUUUCUCAACUGAUAAAAGCAAUCAACGAUACAAAAAGCUGAGGUUUGAACUACCUAGCGACACUGGGUCAGCCAUUGUGCACGGUUUUGCUGGCUAUUUUGAUGCAACUCUCUACAAAGAUGUACAUCUUGGUAUUGAACCGUCAACGGCCACACCAAACAUGUUCAGUUGGUUUGCCAUUUAUUUUCCACUAAGGACACCAGUGUGCAUCCAACCUGGUUCUCCCCUUGAAGUGCAUUUUUGGCGUUGUUGUGGUUCGGCUAAGGUUUGGUAUGAGUGGUGUGUUUCAUCUCCCUUUCCGUCACCCAUUCACAACAGCAAUGGUCGUUCGUAUUGGGUCGGCCUGUAGUAGUUCUUUUUUUUUUUCUUUCCUUUUUGUUUUUCCUUUUAAAAACUUUUUCAUGUAUCAGUAGCUUGUUGGAACUCAGGUUGAUGAUAAAUUUUGUUGACUCAAACCUUUGUUACAUGAUCCAAUUAGAGUGAACGAAAAAAACUGCUACAAAGUGAUGAGGCAUGAAGCUUUUUUUUUU